AUGCUGGAGUCUGGAGUGCAAGUGGCAAAGCAGUCAUCUGUAAAACUCCCCCGUCGUGUGAUCAAAUACUCCAAGAAGACGGACUUUGGUGUGGCCCUAGCCACUCAGAACUGGUCUGCGGUGUUUGAGUCUAGCUCUGUGGACGAGAAGGUUGCUAUGUUCUACUCUAUACUCAUGUCCCUUGUGGACUCUCACUUCCCUGUCAGGAUUAAGACUGUACUGACAAAUGAUAAGAUCUGGAUUACUCAAAGGGUACAUAGCGUCAUUGCAAGCAGGCAAGCUGAGUUCAAGCGACACGGAAAGUCACCUUUGUGGAGGAGUCUCAGAAACAGGGCAAAGACUGUGGUCAGACAAGCCAAGAACUGGCAUUACCGUAACCACAUACAACACCUCAAGAGCGAGAGCCCUCACAAAUGGUGGUCAUGCAUUAACAAAGAACUGGGAAGAUCACAUGCGACGAGCACACGGGUUACCACACAUGAGCAAGGGGAUGGUCAGGCAGCUGAGAAGAUCAGUCAACAUUUUGCAGAGGCCUGGUGUCAAAGCCAGUGUCUACACAUGUUCCCACUCCCUCUCACUGCACCAGGCCCGGACCUGUGCACCAUUGGGGAAGUCAAGGUUCUCCUGAAAGCCAUUAACACCAGGAAGUCGUGCGGGCCAGAUAAUCUCCCCAAUUGGGUUCUGAAGGAAUUCGCUGAGGACCUGGCACCAGUAAUCACACAUGUGUUCAAUGCCUCUUACAGUGAGGGCACAGUACCAGUAAUCUGGAAGUCCGCAAAUGUCGUCCCAGUGCCCAAGUCUGCUGGUUCUUCGGACGUUUCCAACAUGAGACCGGUGUCACUUCUGUCAGUCCUUGCAAAACUGUUAGAGAAGUGUGUCCUGAAAAGGCUGCUUCCCUCAUUACGUACAGUCAUCAAGGACCAAUACGCGUACAUGCAGGGGUCGUCAACAACAAUCGCCCUAGUGCGCAUGGUGCACACCUGGUUGACUGCAUUGGACUCCUGA